AUACCAACCGCCUUUAACAAUCAGAUAUCCGCUGGGAGCAUCGCGCAUUCCUGCUUGUUGUUUAUUACCUCAGCGAUCUACGACCUAAACCUGCGGAUCUGGACACAUCACAUCGAUACAAUGGCACUCGUCGUAAUCUCAGGAUACCCUUCUUCCGGGAAAUCAACCCGGGCGGAGCAAAUGAAGACGGACUACGAACGACGAAUACGAGAGAACGACGGAGUUGUAGAUGGGAUCCGGGAGGUCGUUAUCAUCAACGAUAUCGACUAUGACGGCCGCAAGCCUUAUGAUAACUCCCUCACGGAGAAACCCGCUCGAGCACACGUCUUUACGCAGGUCACUCGUAUGCUCUCCCCAUCACGCCUGGUCAUCCUGGACGGUCUCAACUACAUCAAAGGGUUCCGGUAUCAGCUUUGGUGUGCGGCUAGGGAAGCGAGGGUGCGGCAGGCUACGUGUUAUGUCGCUGCGCCUGAAGAGGUGUGUAGGAGGUUUGAAGCAACGAAGAAUGAGGAGGAUCGGUACAAGCCAGAAACGCUGGACAACCUCUUCAUGCGGUUCGAAGAACCUUCCUCAAUGGUCAGAUGGGAUUCUCCGUUAUUCAGUAUAGCGUGGGACGACGAUAUCUUGAACGAAAGCGCGUCAGGCGAGGUGCAGGGGGAGUCGGUGGCUGAAUUCCGACGGAAUACGACUCUGGAUGAUAUUUGGGCUGCUGUGACGACGGGAGCGAAGAAAGGGCCGACGGCGGCGGUUGCUCAGGCGACAAAACCUCCACCGGACGCCCUGCAGGUCUUAACCAAGACGACGUCUUCCCUCCUCUCAGCUCUUCAAACACACCUCGCUAUGAACCCAUCCCCUUCUCCCGCUUUUCCCCUUCUGACGACCGGCUCCUCAACCUCGAAAUCGAAAUCGAAGUCACCCGGGGAAAAGUUCCUGAUCCACCUCCCACCGCGAGCGGUCUCGCCGAGCGAACUUCAACGCCUGAAACGGCAGUUCGAAGGGAUUCAGAAACGUGCUCUCGUCAGCGGAGGUACAGGGGCGAGGGAGGGAACAUGGACGGAAGAGGCGAUCUCGGAGAGGUUCGCUAGGUAUUUGAUGGAGUGUUGGGGGAGUAGCAUACAUUGAGCCUUGGGAACAUCGCGGGGACUGUUGGUCCUCCCAGUAUGGGACGGAUUUUGAGUAUAUCUUGGUACGGGUAUCUACAUGACUACUAUAUCGUCCUGGCCAUACUCCUGUAUCUUUGCGCAUAAACUCGUUCAGGGUUCAUAGGUCUUUGCGACGAUGCUGGGAUUAAAAGGAAGGCAGCAGGGCGACGCGCAUCGUCACCCUUCCCCUCUCCGGCGAUGACCGGGUUCGCGAGUUUGUUGAUGAUGAUCGUUGUUUGAUGAUUCAAACUGAUCUGGGACUUGGA